AUGCAGCGCUUUGCAUGGCUGUGCCUUGUGCUUGGUUGUCUGGGAGGAGUGAGCUGUACCUGUCCCUCUCAGUGUACCUGUGAUCAUCACAGCAGAAAUGAUGGCUCCGAAUCAAGGUCGGUGUUGUGUAAUGACCUGGAUAUGAGUGAAGUCCCUACAAACUUCCCCGCGGACACUGUGAAGCUUCGAAUAGAGAAGACUGUGGUCCGAAGGAUCCCCGCAGAGGCCUUCUACUACCUGGUGGACCUGCAGUACCUCUGGCUGACUUACAACUCAGUGGACAGCAUAGAACCCGGCAGCUUUUAUAACCUUAAGCAGCUGCACGAGCUGCGUUUAGAUGGCAAUUCUCUGACUGCUUUCCCUUGGGCAUCUCUGCUGGACAUGCCCCAGCUGAGGACACUGGACCUGCACAAUAACAGAUUAACCCGCGUGCCAAAUGAGGUGGUCAGAUAUCUGAAGAACCUUACCUACUUGGAUUUGUCAAGCAACCGACUAGCCACACUCCCACCAGAUUUCCUGGACAGCUGGUCCCAUUUAGCUGUGACACCUUCUAGAAGUCUGGAUCUUCCUCCGAGAAGAAUUAUUCUUGGUUUACAGGACAACCCUUGGUUCUGUGACUGUCACAUUUCCAAAGUGAUUGAGCUGUCAAAAGUUGCUGACCAUGCGGUUAUACUUGUUGACCCUCUGAUGGUCUGCAGUGAACCGGAGCGCCUGGAAGGAAUCUUGUUCCAGAGGGCGGAGUUGGAACAGUGUCUGAAGCCAUCAGUGAUGACCUCAGCUACCAAAAUCACAUCCGCUCUGGGUAGCAAUGUUCUGCUGAGGUGUGAUGCCACUGGCUACCCCACCCCGCAGCUGAUGUGGACUAGAACUGACAGCUCACCAGUUAAUUAUACAGUAAUUCAGGAGUCUCCAGGAGAAGGAGCCAGAUGGUCCAUCAUAAGCUUGACAGGCGUCUCCUACAAGGAUGCUGGAGAUUACAGAUGUAAAGCCAAGAAUCUUGCUGGGUCGUCAGAAGCUGUGGUUUCUUUGACCGUUGUUGGCGCUAGUACGACCACCCUAUUGCCAGCCACUUCAGAAAGCAGCACUGGAGAACACCCUGAACAGGGUCACCAGCCGGGAGCAGGAAGAGCAACACCUCUACCUCCGCCACGGUUGUCACCAGGGAUCUCUUCCACUUUUCCCCAUUCCACUCCCUCACCUGCUCUGUCUACAUCCCCAUCGCCUCUUUCUUCCUUUCCUUUGCCCCCUGCCUUCUCUGUUGCGCCUGCAACCACAAGUGUAAAAUCCAGCAGCUCAGAAAGCACCCUCAGGUUGAGCUACCGGCCACCCGAGCUCCACCCUGGCGGGAAAAGCAAGGCAGAGCUAGAGAAGAGCAGAAGUAAGUUUCCUCCCGUCAGCGCAAGUAAGAAAGAGGAGUUGGCACUGUUGGAUCAGGCAAUGCCGAUGGAAACAAAUGUCACUGUGCACGACCUCAGGGUGGCCAGUGAAACUGGAGCGAGCGUGACUUUGACAUGGAACUUAAGCCGCGCCACACAGGAGUCUGCUGUGACUGUGUUCUAUUCCAAGUACGGAGAGAAGGACCUGCUGCGGCUGAACACAGACUACGGCAAGAACCAGGCAACCAUAGACGGCCUGGAGCCCGGCAGUCAGUAUGUGGCAUGCGUCUGUCCAAAAGGACUGGCUCCCCGGAAGGACCAGUGUAUCAUCUUUGCUACCAACAGAGUGGAAGAAUGGGACUCCCAGUGGUCACUCCUUAUAGUGGUGACCAGCACGGCCUGUGUUAUAGUCGUGCCCCUAAUUUGUUUUUUAUUGUAUAAAGUCUGCAAACUGCAAUGUACAUCAGAUCCUUUCUGGGAAGAUGAUUUGGCAAAAGAGACGUAUAUCCAGUUUGAGACCCUGUCGCCCAGAUCACAGAGUAUUGGAGAGCUGUGGGCUCGGAGGCAUAAAGAUGACACAGAGAAGCUGUUACUGUGCUCUCGGGCAAGCGUAGACUCUCCCGGGAAUGUUAAAAGCGAUGGCCUCAGACCAGAAUAUUAUUGCUGA